GUUUAACUCAUUCAAAAGGACUAAUGUCAUCCUGCAACAUUUGAGGCUGUCCGCCCACACGGAUGCAGUGGGAGAGGUGCUGCUGGAGAGGAGGGGCUGCGCAGGGGUGAUAACCCUGAACAGACCCAAGGCCCUCAAUGCACUGAAUCUGAGCAUGAUCCGGCAGAUCUACCCACAGCUAAAGAAGUGGGAACAAGAUCCCGAAACCUUCCUGAUCAUCAUAAAGGGCGCCGGGGAGAAGGCUUUCUGUGCUGGGGGAGACAUCAGAGAAGUUGUAAAGGGAGACCGGAAGAUAAGUCAGGAUUUCUUCAGAGAAGAAUAUGUGCUAAACAAUGCCAUUGAUUCUUGCCAGAAACCGUAUAUUGCAUUUAUUCAUGGAAUUACAAUGGGUGGGGGAGUCGGACUCUCCGUUCAUGGGCUAUUCCGAGUGGCUACUGAAAAGUCUCUUUUUGCAAUGCCAGAAACUGCAAUAGGACUGUUCCCUGAUGUGGGCGGAGGCUAUUUCUUGCCAAGACUUCAGGGAAGACUGGGUUACUUCCUUGCCUUAACAGGAUUCAGGCUGAAAGGAAGAGAUGUGUACAGAGCAGGAAUUGCUACACACUUUGUAGAUUCUGAAAAGCUGAGCCUGUUAGAAGAAGAUUUAUUAUCCCUGAAAUCUCCUUCCAAAGAAAAGAUUGCAGAUGUCUUGGAAACGUAUCAUGCAAAGUCCAAGGUUGAUGAGGGCAAGGCGUUCGCACUGGAGGAGCACCUGGGCAGGAUAAACAGUUGCUUCUCCGCCAACACCGUGGAACAGAUUAUUGAAAAUUUACAGCAAGAUGGUUCGCCUUUCGCCCUGGAGCAGCUGAAGGUAAUUAAUAAAAUGUCUCCAACAUCUCUCAAGAUCACACUGCGGCAGCUCACAGAGGGGUCCUCAAAGACCUUGAAGGACGUGUUGACCAUGGAGUACCGGCUGAGCCAAGCUUGUGUGGGAGGCCAUGACUUUCCCGAAGGCGUCCGGGCAGUUUUAAUAGAUAAAGACCAGAGUCCAAAGUGGAAGCCGGCCAGCCUGGCAGAAGUGACUGAUGAGGCCGUGAGCAGUUACUUCAAGUCUCUGGGGAGCAACGAUUUGAAGUUGUGAAGUGCCUGGGUUUGGGAGGUAGUUUGGAGCAGAGGUUGGCAAACGGAGGCUCGUGCCCGAGUCGGCUGCUGCGUUACAUGCCCGCGAGCUGGGCGGCUUCUGCAGUUGAAUGGGGGGGGAAGGAGAGCAGAGACGGGCAUUUCAUGAACCAUCGGUGUCCGCAAGUAAAGCGUUGGAGCGUAGCUGGACUCGCCUGUGUGCACUUCCCCUCGGGAGAUCACAGCCCAGACGAGGCCUGUCAGCCCAAGCUGUUCCCUCUCCGCCCUUUCAGAGGACAUCUGCCAGCCCCUGACUGGAGAUGGGACACGUGAGGUCCUCAGAGAUUGGGUGGGAGAGCUGGUGGGAAUGGGAGCUUAAUGUCCGGCUUUGGGAAGGCGUUUAUAUGUUGAUUAAGUAGAUUAUGUACAGAUGAUAAAAAAUAAAAUCAUGUUUUUGGAUACUGUG